GCUGAUGGCUUUGAUAAUGUUCUUAUCGCCUUCAUUUACGAGUUAGGAAAAGUGUGCUUUUUAUUAUUAGUGAAUUAAUAUUUCUAAAAGCUAUGAGUACGAUUCGUGUUUAUGAGGGAUAUGAAUCCCCGUUAAGUACCCGUUAUGCCAGCAAAGAAAUGCAGUUUUUAUUUAGUGAUCAGCAUAAAUUCGCAACAUGGAGGCAGUUGUGGGUUUGGCUGGCAAAAGCUGAGCAGUCCCUUGGGCUGGAUAUUACUAAUGAACAAAUUACUGAAAUGCAAGAUAACGUAAAUAGCAUAGAUUUCGAAGCAGCUGCUGCUGAAGAGCGUUUAACAAGGCACGAUGUUAUGGCCCAUGUGCAUGUGUUUGCCAAACAAUGUCCUAAAGCAGCUGCUAUAAUUCAUUUGGGUGCAACUUCCUGUUAUGUUGGAGACAAUACAGACCUCUUAAUAUUGCGCGAUGCAAUAGAUUUGCUUUUACCAAGACUUGCGUCCAUUAUAUUCUCUUUGAAGAAUUUUGCUAUAAAAUACAAGUCUCAGCCCACCUUAGGGUUUACACAUUUGCAACCCGCCCAACUAACUACGGUUGGGAAGCGAACUUGUCUUUGGAUUCAAGAUUUACUGAUGGAUGAACGUGCACUUCGACGUUGUCGUGAAGAUUUGCGUUGUCGCGGUGUGAAGGGUACUACUGGAACUCAAGCUUCUUUUCUGCAACUUUUCAAUGGUGAUGGUGAAAAGGUUAUACAGUUGGACAAAUUAGUAACUAAACUCGCCGGAUUCGAAAAAUCUUACGCAGUUACAGGCCAAACUUAUUCAAGAAAAGUUGACGUGGAAAUUAUUGGAGCAUUAUCAAGUUUGGGUACCAGCAUUCAUAAAAUGUGCUCAGAUCUACGAUUAUUAGCUUCACGCAAAGAAAUAGAGGAACCCUUUGAAAGUUCACAAAUAGGCUCAUCGGCUAUGCCUUACAAACGAAAUCCCAUGCGAUCAGAACGCUGUUGCGCACUAGCAAGACAUUUAAUUACACUCUUCUCAAACGCUGCUAAUACACAUGCAACACAAUGGUUAGAACGCACACUCGAUGAUUCUGCCAAUAGGCGUUUGACUUUAUCAGAAGCAUUCCUAGCUGCAGAUGCAGCAUUGAUGACAUUGUUAAAUAUUUCCCAAGGACUGGUAGUUUAUCCGAAAGUUAUCGAACGACAUAUUGCACAAGAAUUACCUUUUAUGUCGACAGAAAACGUAAUCAUGGCCAUGGUUAAAGCAGGUGCUGAUCGACAAGUGUGCCAUGAAAAAAUUCGUGUUCUAUCCCAGGAAGCUGGAGCGCAAGUCAAACAAUACGGAAAGGACAAUGAUUUGGUUGAACGUAUUCGAAAGGACCCUUAUUUUGAACCUAUUCUUAACAAACUCGAUGAAAUACUUGACGCUCAAACAUUUACGGGGCGUGCUUGUGCGCAGGUGGACGAUUUCUUGACUGAAGAAAUAGAACCACUUCUGGAAAAAUAUAAAGAAUCUUUGAAAACAAUACAAACUGUGCAAUUAAAUAUUUAACUUUAUGUUCAAAAUGGUGCUCUUAAUACAAAAUAUAAUAAAUCAUAUACAUGUGUGCAUCAAA